GCCUACCUCAUGGAGAGGAUGAACUGGCUGAGCAGACUGGCCUCCCGGGGCCCUGGGCAUCGUGUACCACAAGGGGCCAGUCUGCAGACUCCUGUCAUGGCUGACCCUGAGACCUGCCUCAUGGUCUUCAAGAAUCACUGGUCCCAGGUGGUGCGAAUUCUGGAGCGGCAAGGCCCUAGGGCAGCUCCUGGGGGAGCCGACGAUCUCAGUGCUGUGUGCAACCACACUUACCAGAUGCUGACACUGCUGGCGGAGGAUCGUGCGGUGCCCUCGGCUCCCACGGCUCCUGGGCCCCUGCUGGAGUUUGCUCUGCGCGAGGAUCUGCUAACCCGUGUGUUGACGUGGCAGCUUCAGUGGGAUGAGCUUGGGGAUGGGGUUGAGGAACGGCGGGCUGAGCAACUGAAACUGUUUGAGAUGCUAGUGAGCGAAGCUCGCCAGCCACUGUUGCGGCAUAGUCCCAUUCGUGAGGCUCUGCUGAUCUUGCUGGAUGCCUGUGGCCGCCCUGUGCCCAGUAGCCCAGCACUGGAUGAAGGCCUGGUGCUACUUCUCAGCCAGCUGUGCGUGUGUCUGGCCCGGGAGCCUUCAUUGCUCGAGUUCUUCCUGCAGCCACCUCCUGAGCCUGGAGCUGCUCCCCGUCUUCUCCUCUUUUCUCGCCUUGUACCUUUUGUCCAUCGAGAGGGCACCCUGGGCCAGCAGGCCCGUGAUGCCCUACUCCUGCUCAUGGCUCUAUCAGCUGGAAGUCCCACUGUGGGCCGCUACAUCGCAGAUCACUCUUACUUCUGCCCGGUGCUGGCCACAGGGCUGAGUGCCCUGUACUCUUCACUGCCCCGAAAGAUUGAAGUUCCAGGAGAUGAUUGGCACUGCCUGCGACGGGAGGACUGGCUGGGGGUGCCAGCCCUUGCUCUCUUCAUGAGUUCCCUAGAGUUCUGCAACGCAGUCAUUCAGGUGGCUCACCCUCUAGUGCAAAAGCAGCUGGUAGAUUAUAUCCAUAAUGGGUUCCUGGUGCCUGUCAUGGGCCCUGCCCUGCACAAGACCUCUGUGGAGGAGAUGAUUGCCAGUACCGCUUAUCUGGAACUUUUCCUACGGAGUAUUUCAGAGCCUGCCUUGCUCCGUACCUUCCUGCGAUUCCUGCUAUUACACCGGCAUGACACCCACACCAUCCUUGACACCCUUGUUGCCCGUAUUGGCAGCAACUCCCGGCUCUGCAUGGUCUCUCUGAGUCUCUUCAGGACCCUACUGAACCUCAGCUGUGAGGAUGUCCUGCUGCAGCUGGUUCUCAGGUAUCUUGUCCCGUGUAACCAUGUAAUGCUGAGCCAGAAGCCAGCUGUGCGCGAUGUGGACCUAUAUGGACGAGCAGCAGACAAGUUUCUCUCCUUAAUCCCACGCUGUUGUCGGCACCGUGCCUCCAGCCCACCUCGUCCAGAGCAUGCCUCGUGGGCACGAGGCCCCGGAAGCCCAAGCGUUGACUCCUCUUCUGUGGUGACGGUACCCCGGGCCUCCACGCCGUCUCGUCUGGCCCUCUUUCUGCGACAGCAGAGCCUGGGUGGCUCCGAGUCCCCAACCCCAGCUCCUCGCUCACCGGGGCUUGCUGCGUCCCCAGCCUCCAGCCCUGGCCGACGGCCCAGCCCUAUGGAGGAGCCCGGUGAGCUGGAAGACAAUUACCUGGAGUAUCUGCGUGAGGCGCGCCUUGGUGUGGACCGCUGUGUCCAAGCCUGCCGUACCUGGUCUGCCCCCUAUGAUGGCGAGCGGCCCCCUCCUGAGCCCAGUCCUGUUGGCUCCCGGACUAAGAAACGCAGCCUACUGCCUGAGGAGGGCAGGGGCCAUGCAGGGGAAGGGGAGGUGGAGGAGCUGGGGAGGGGGGCACUGGCUCUGGGUGUGAGGGAGGGCCCUGGCCACCUGCGCCCUCCCCAGCUCAAUGGGGUGCCAGGACCAUGGCCUGAGGGGGCCAAGAAGGUUCGUCGGGUGCCACAGGAGGGAGCUGGGGAACUACUAGAGGGCACCUCCGAUGGCGUGGCAGGACUAGAGAGCUUUGGGCAGGAGCUCCGGGAGCUGGAGGUGGCGUUGAGCAAUGGGGGCACUGGCUCAGAGCCCCCUCUAGAGCCUUCACUACCUCUUGAGGAGGAGGAGGCCUACGAAAGCUUCACCUGUGCCCCUGAGCCCCCUGGCCCCUUCCUCAGCAGCCCUUUGCGGACUCUCAACCAGCUGCCAAGCCAGCCCUUCACUGGCCCCUUCAUGGCUGUGCUCUUUGCCAAACUCGAGAACAUGCUGCAGAACUCCGUCUAUGUCAACUUCCUGCUGCCGGGGCUCGGGCUGCUGACGGGGCUGGUGGCCCAGCUGGCCUGCCACCCCCAGCCCCUGCUCCGCUCUUUCCUGCUCAACACCAACAUGGUCUUCCAGCCCAGUGUCAAGUCCCUGCUGCAGGUGCUGGGCUCUGUGAAGAAUAAGAUUGAGAGCUUUGCAGCCUCCCAGGAGGACUUCCCAGCACUGCUAUCCAAAGCCAAGAAGUACCUCAUUGCCCGUGGCAAGUUGGACUGGACUGAGGGCCCUGCGGCAGGAUCUGCCCCCCGCCGAUCUGAUUCCCUAGUGAAGAGCCGGAGGCCGUCCUUGGGGGAGUUGCUCCUGCGGCAUGCACACAGUCCAACCAGGGCUCGGCAGGCGGCACAGAUGGUUCUUCAGCCUGGGAGAGACGGCACAGGACUUGGCCUAGGUGGGGGCUCCCCUGGGGCAUCAACACCGGUCCUACCCCCCCGGGGUGGGGCCCCUGACCACCAGGGUGAGGCUCUGCGAGUCAAGAAUGCUGUCUACUGUGCAGUCAUUUUCCCUGAGUUUCUCAAGGAGUUGGCUGCCAUCUCCCAGGCCCAUGCUGUCACCUCGCCUUUCUUGUUGGAUACUUCAGAGGAGGGAUCUGGCCCUCCCAUCUCAGGCUUUGGGCCCCUCAAUCCUUAA